UAUUUUGUCCAGACAUUUGUCAUAUCAUUGGUAUAGAUAAAGACACACUAUGCUUUAAUUGAAACAAGGAAAAUGCUAGUUAGGUCAUUUGAAAAGAAUAAGUGACUGAAAGAUGGGCCAAUAACACUGUAAAGAUAUCAUUUACUCAAGUAUUCUUAUUUACAUUUAUGAUGCUCUUUAUUUAUUGUUUGCAAUUUCACAUACUGUUCAUUGUAUCCAGACUGACACUAUCAUAUAUCUUGCAUAUAAUGUAUUACAUAAUAUGCUCUUUGUAUUUGGAGCCAUAUUGCCCAGCCAAAUGGGAAAAAUAAAAUGUUGUUUAGUAUUUUUAUCUGAGAAUACCGAUGUUUUUGUAUCUCUAUCAACGACAAGAGUUCUGGAAAUUCCAUUCUUUACAAAUUUCCUAGAAAAGCUUGUCUUGGGGUCAAACUUGGACAGAUGAGUUUUGGGGAAAUGAAACUGUGAAACUUAGCUGUGACAGAUGACUAAAACUAAGUUUAAUAGAAUGACUUGAAAGCUUCAAUCAAACCAGACUUCACAUGAGCUAAGAAAUAUAUCUGGACCGUUGGAGUUAUAGAAUCGGAAUCGGAAUCGAUCAAUUUCAGAUGAUACCCAUCCCUAGAUGUGGGCAAUGGAAAAGAUAAGAAUGCAAAGAAAUACAGAUGCAACACAGACUGCAAACACAACUGGGUUUUAACAGGAAACAAAAGAUCACCAGUGUGAAGUCAAAAGCCCAAGCUAAAGGACAUCAGCUCAUCAAAAGACCAAGACAUUUUCCUUCAAGAUGCACUGUCAUGUCAGCCAGGAUGCAAACCUCAGCCUUCUUACCCUAUCAAACCAAACGUCCUCAAUGACCUCUUUGAACAUGUUCACCAUUUCACUCCAUGGCUUGUUCUCUUCCAUCGGCAUCAUAGAGAACGUCCUCAUCCUCGCAGUAGUGGGCUUCCAGGUCCGCCGCUCUGUCAUCAGCAUCUGGAUCCUGAACCUGGCAGCCUCCGACCUGCUGGCCACCGCCUGUCUACCCUUCUUCACCCUCUACAUGGCCCGCGGAAACACCUGGACAUUGGGCACGACCUUCUGCCGCAUCCAUUCCGCCGUGUUCUUCCUCAACAUGUUUGUCAGUGGCUUCCUGCUGGCGGCCAUUUCUAUGGACCGCUGCCUGGUUGUGCUGAGACCGGUCUGGGCGCAGAACUACAGGAACGUCCAGCUCGUGGGGAAGGUCUGUGGGGUGAUUUGGGCCUUGGCUGUGCUCUUCACGAUUCCCUUCUACAUAUUCCGUGACACCUAUGCCCUCCCUAACGGCAAGGUCCUGUGUUACUACAAUUUCGCUCGACUCCUACCUGCUGAACCUUUUGAUCUUGUACAUUUGUGUAAUCAGCGCAAGGAGGCCUUGGCCUUUAUGAGGCUCUUUCUGUCCUUCCUGAUCCCUUUACUGAUCAUCAUCCUGAGCUAUACUGCCGUCAACAUCGGCUUGGUGCGCAGAGGCUCCCGACGUCCUUUCCGUUUUGUUCGGCUGGUCAUUGCCGUGGUGGUUAGCUUCGUCCUCUGCUGGGCUCCGUACCACAUCUUCAUCAUCGUAGAGGUGAUGGCACCCACUGGGCAUCCUGCGCAGAUAUUCGCAGGCAAGGCCCUCCCAAUUUCAGCAACCAUCGGCUUCCUUAACAGUGUCCUCAACCCGAUCCUGUAUGUGUUCAGCUGCCCUGACCUAUGCAAGAAGAUUAGACACUCUCUGAGCGCAGUGAUGGAGACUGUUCUGGCUGAGGAUCUGGCAGAACUGGCCCGACGCCGCAGCACCGCUCGCACCUCCAUCAGCACCACCGAGAUUUUGUUGAAGCCAAAUGCUCUUACAGCCUUGUGUCUGAAAGCAGAGGAUCCGAAGUAGAAUAGGAAUCCUGCUAAACUGCCCAGAACGGUCUGAAAGUGUACCGUAAAUGUUCUUAUAGUUGCCCUACUCAUUUUUCUAACUUUUUUGAAUGAGGCCUAUAGACAGACCUUUUAUUUGUUGUUUUUCGUGUGCUAUAGUUUAAAAUUCCUUUUGAUGCUGUUUCUUAUACCUCUUAAUUGUUAAUCAUUUUCAUUACAAAGAAUCACUCUCGUCAGUACAACAAAAGAGUCCUUUAUACUCACCAAACUUCCGCUGGUAAUACAGUUUCCUUUCACCUCAAGUCGAUGCCUAAUUACGUAACUUCCACUUGGAUAGUUUUUUUUUUUGUCAAGGUUAAACUACAGUCGAUUCUUUUGCACAAAUGUCUCAAAUUAAAACAUAAUCUAGAAACUGAAUUUUUUUAGCUACCCUUGUCGAGAUGGAUAGCAAGCAGGUUUUAUUUUACCACAAAUACUGACAUUUAUUCACAAGUCAAGACAAUAUGCUGGAAUUAAAUGAAAAGUUAAUGAAUAAUGAACAAAUACCCAUAAUAAAUCAAAUAAAUAUCAAUAGAUCAUCAUUAAAUUGAAAUGUAAUUAACCAAUUGACCUGGAAGCUUACUUGGUAUAAAUGCUUCUGCUCUUGGCAGGCUUUUAUUUAGAAAAAUCAGCAGAAAGUGCUGAUUAAAUUAUCAUUAUUUUUCAAAAGGUAGAAUCAAAUCCAUUGGACUGUUGUUGUUCUGAUUAAGUGAUGUUGCAAUUUACAUUAUAAGAAGUGUAACAUGUGCUUUUACAUUGUAAAUCAUUCAAUCCGUCCUCAAUACUUUCUACCAAGUUUUUGUAGAUUUAUUUGUAUGCAAUGGCAACAUACACUGCUAUAUUUAACAAUUUAUGAAUACUGGCUUUUAGUCUACAAAUGCAUGGUACUUCAAGUGUGUGAACAAUUUGUUCAAACUUUUAGCCUUAUCUGACUGAUAAAUACAUCUUUAUAAUACAGAAAGUAUAAGGAUUUAUUAAGCAUUACUCUAGUCAGUACUGAAUACGUACACUUGUGAUUAUAGGGCAUUUCUUAACCUCCACAUUUACAUACAGGGUUCUGAAUGAUUUUCUUAUUUUUACUUGAAUGCUUGCUAAAUAUGUUCAUUUGUAUCACUUUAUCACUUGGUAAAAACAGUUUGUACUAUGGGUCACGGAAACAUAAGGUGUCUCCUGCUAGAUGUUAUCAGUAGCAGCAGGAAAUGACACAAGCAACAUUUUAGAGUUAGACUAUGCUCUUCUUGUUUUCAUACAUUUGCAAAUUGUGUUUAUAAUAAGGAAAAUAUAUCUUAAUUGUCCAUUAUUGCAUUCUGCACAUGCAAUUCCUUUGUUUUAAUGCUUUGACAUAUAAACUUAAAUAAAAAAGAGAAAAGACAGAUGUUGUAAUGAUAUACCCACAGCCAUGCUCGUGUUUCCGUAGUGAUUCACACCAAUUCUUUUUUUGAAAGGCCUGAGCGUAAACAUGUCACGAAGCAUGAAUAUUUAUUCGUUGUUUAAAUGACAUUAACAAAUAUGUGAAAUGACUGCAUUGGUCUAUUUCCAUACACUGGCUAGAAAGGAAAUGUAGUUCAUAGAUUAAUCAGAAACUGUAUUUAUUAUGGCCUUAUAUGUUUAAUGUAAGGUGACAAUGGGUAUGGAAAAUCACAAAAGACUGGAUUUGAAACUCUUAACUGAACUGAA